GUCCUAGGCUCCAUAAAUGUGAGGUCCUCGAUUGAACUGCGAUAGGUUUCUUUCUGAAAACAUUAGCGCCGAGGUAAAUGUAUCGCCGAAACAACGAACUACGCUCAGAACGAUAGUGUUACGCACAACGUAUACAGACUUGUUCUUAAUUGUGUAUAAUACGAGGGUAAUAUAAAAAAUAGAUAAUACUGGAACAAAAUAACGACGUUCGUAAGAUUGGCCAUCUUGGAAAGAUAUGUCAUAUUUGUUAAAACGUCAACAAUAUAGUGUGUAUUGUUCAAUACAUGCCGCCAGCUUGUUUUAACUACGAUUGACUACACACCUAAUCAUCAGAAGUAAAAGCGACACGGUGGCGUAUUUGACACGCGGACGUAAUCGUAAAAGAAGCACAGCUUCAUCGAAUGAUGAAUCGCACUGACGGAUUGGUACAACGACGACGUGUUGUUAAUAGCAGUAGUGGUAGCAGUCUAGGCCAGGAUGGUUCCAACGAUAUUGGCCAUAAUGAUAAAUUAUCUGGCCAUGGUAUGGAUACAGACUGUACCAUGCAAAAAGAUCUUAAUUCAAAUCCCAAAAUCGACGAUGAUUCUGAUAAGGAAACAAGAUUGACACUCAUGGAAGAAGUUUUGUUACUUGGCCUGAAAGACAAAGAGGGUUAUACGUCAUUUUGGAAUGAUUGCAUAAGUUCAGGUUUACGUGGUUGUAUUUUAGCAGAACUUGGAUUUCGUGGUCGAGUAGAAUUAGAGAAAGCUGGUAUGCGCAAAAAAGGAUUACUGGUGAGGAAACUUCUAUUGAAAAAUGACGCUCCUACAGGAGAUGUUUUAUUAGAUGAAGCUCUGAAACAUUUAAAAGAAACUGAUCCACCUGAAACUGUUCCUAGUUGGAUUGAAUAUCUUAGUGGAGAAACAUGGAAUCCACUAAAAUUAAGAUAUCAGUUGAAAAAUGUUAGAGAAAGACUAGCUAAAAAUCUUGUUGAAAAAGGAGUUUUGACAACCGAGAAACAGAAUUUCUUACUCUUUGAUAUGACAACUCAUCCUCUUACUGAUAAUCUUGCCAAAAGUCGACUUGUAAAAAAGAUUCAAGAAGCUGUAUUAAGCCGUUGGGUCAAUGAUGCUGGUCGUAUGGAUAGGCGAACAUUAGCUUUAGUUAUUUUAGCUCAUGCAGCUGAUGUAUUAGAAAAUGCGUUUGCGCCGCUCUCAGAUGACGAUUAUGAAGUAGCAAUGCGACGAGUACGAACAUUAUUGGACCUUGACUUUGAAGCAGAAGCUGCUAAACCUAAUGCUAAUCCAGUUCUAUGGGCGGUAUUUGCUGCAUUCACUAAGUAACAGUCCUUUAAAAAAUUACAAGUGUAUAAAGCAAAUACUGGGUACUAGUAUAAAUACUUGGGACUAUCAAUUUUACAGAAAUUUUUGUUGCAAUCUGAAAUGGAGUAGUUGCAAAUAUUGUUAAUCAUCAUACAAUUCAGACCAAAUACCUUGAAUCCGACUGUGUAAAGCAGACUUAGAGUAUUAGUCAUUUCCAUUAUUGUUAUUUAAUACAUUUGAUAGCUGAAUUAUGAAUGUUCAUAUUUAAAUAUUAUAAAAAAAAAGAAUAACAAAAUUUAAGGUAUGAAUGAGUACUUUGCGUGUGGGGUAGUGCCAUGUCAACUCAGGAACAAAAGAUCGUACUGUGCUGAGUUUUGUCCCAUAUCUUCUCUAUGUCUAUUGUGUCUGCACAUGGACUGCGAAUAUGUUUAUAGACACGAUAAUUAUGUGGCCGGUAUUCAAUUGUCAAAUUGUGUCACAUUUCUGCUAGCAAUCUAAAUGUUAAAGCGAUGAAAGUAAUUCUUUGCACAGUUAUGACAUUGACGACGAAUUUUUACCGUUUCUUUACGUCUUCUUUAUACAAAACUGGAUUAUAGUAGGUUUAUACUUCCCAAAUCCGUUUUUGUUUUUAAACUAGUGUACACAUAUAGCUUCACUAGGUGGCAGUAAAGUACUCAGAUAUCAAAAAUAUUACUUUAUGAACGUCAUUUCGAUCCCACUUAAAUAUUUCUCGAUGUGUCGCUAUGAUUUAUGGUCAAAUAUAACGCGGGAACAGUUUGAGAGUAAUAAACGAAUUGAAUGCGUCGAACUUAAUACGCUUUUAAUUAAUAUGCGAUACAUACGUGUGUAUGUUUUCGAUAAAUUUUGUUACUAAUUUAUCUCAUAUACCAUUGCUACCAUUAAUAUUAUACUAUGUGAUAUGUAAGUAGAGAAAAUAUGAAGUGGGAAGUUUGUUAUAAUUAGUAAAUCACUUUGUGAGUACAAGAAAGACAAACAAAAUAAAAAAUGGACACGGAAAUUUUCAAAAAUAACAAUCGUUACUUUUUCAUUAAAGUGGAAAAAUGUAAGUAAAUGUCAGUAACAUAUACUAUCAUCUACAAAUUUUCAAGCGUGUAUGGGAUGAUCAAGAAAUAUUUAAUCUUUAAAAUACUUGUAUAGUCGCAUAAAGUAAUUUCCUUUUUCGGACACACAUAUUUUAUAAGAGAUGUUUUGAAUAAUCAAAAUAUAAAGAAUAAUUCAUUUAUUUCAUUUUUAAUCUAUUUUUUCGUGUAUUAUAGAUAUGUCUUUAAUAAAUUCAUAAAUUUACGCAGCUGCUUAAUAGUCGGUCUCAAAGUUUUAUUCAUUGUGAAUAUCGAACAUUUGUAAUAUGUUUAGUGUGUAGUUGGCAUUUCUGAUGUAAUGUAAUGGCAUUUCUGAGUAUUUAGUUCACAAAUUAUGUUUGUGGAAAUAUAUUAACCUUUGUAAUAGAAGGUAUAUUAUUAUUUGAGCUGAUCAUAUUGAUUUGAAUAUGUAAGUUUUGUAUUGUUACUUUUUAUUUAAAAAUUAUAUACUUUAGCUUCCUAUUUUUUAAAUACACAUAAGAAUCAAUUUUAGUAUUUACAUCAGAAGAGAGUAAAACUGUUUUAAAUAUAUAUUUGUAUUUUUUAUUGCUUUAAUGGUAGUUGAAAAUUUUGUACUUAUAGAGUUAGAGCUUUAAGAAUAAUUUAUCUAAUUUAAUAGCAUAGAUUUCCUUAAAAGAGCAUGUUAUGUAAUCUUUGAUUAAUAUUUCUUGGACAUCAUCCUAUAUAUAUUGAAUUGAAUUUUUAUAUUCGAUCUAAAAAUAUUUUGAUUGUUCAUAAUGUUGAGGAGUUCCCUAUAUAAGUUUAUAUAACAUAAAAUUAUGUGUUUAAAUAACAUGUAUUAUAGAACAGUAAAUUUAUUUUUGUCUAUAUAUAUUUAUAAUAUAUAUGGACACAUAAAUCUCAAAAAUAAUAAACAAGAGCUACAAAAAAUAGAUAUUCUAAAAUCUCUUAAUAUCGCUGCCUUAGUAUCAUAAAGUUAUAAAUAUAGAUUCCUUUAUUAUGUUAUUGCAAUAUUGGAAUACUAUUAUACUGCAUCCCAAAUAAAAAAUAUUUACUGAAAGAGAUUUAAGAAGUAUGAGCUAUUGUUAAAUUUCUUGUAAUACAACAAAUGGUCAAUAAAUAUCAUAAUUUUAUAUUUGCAUAUUAUUAAAAAAAUUCGCUUAAAAAGAUAAUUUAAGAAGGAACUUGCUGGACAAGCUCAUUUUAUAAAUAUUAAACAUUUGUAGCAUUUACAACAAUAUCUAUACUAAUGCUUCUAUAAACUCAAAAUUUAAUUUAUGAAUAUUAUAUAUUGACGUGUAAAUACAAAUUAAAAUAUUUAUUAUAAUUACUAAGAGUUCUACUGCCACUUGGUAGAAUGUUCAGAAAUUCUUUUAGGAUGUGGUACUAUAUACAAAUUUAUAUAUCAUUCACUAAACAUUCUAAAUCUGAUAUUUAUAAUUCUAUGUUUAUGUUUUAAAUUUGAGUUUUUUAUGUUUUAAAUUUGUACUUUUUUUGUAAAACAUAGAAUUUUCUUGUGAAACAUUUCAAAUUUUCAUAGUAUACUUCGUAGUAUAUUUCAUAUUUUAUACUCCCUCCGACCCAAAUUAGUCAUCAUAUUUGGUACAUAAAACAUACAAAUGUAACAACUAAUUUAGGACAGAGAAAAUAUAUGAACUUAAAAUAAUUCUUUAAUUAUAAGAACACAUAUAUUACAAUUGAUUCGUGAUUUUCAUCAUUAAAUUAUAUAUGAUUAAUAAUAUACUAAUUAAUAAUAAUAUAUUUAUUUUAAUUACUGAUAUUUUAUAUUAGUUGCUAUAAUAUAAUGUUAUGGGUAUGUAUGUUGAUAUUCUGUGAGAAUUAUCUCAAUAUCUUUGACCAAUUAUUUUUUUUCUUCAUACAUAUGAAUAUACUUAUGAAUAAUAUCUUUUCUUAAUAAUUUGCAUUUCUAAAUACAUAUUACAUGAUUGUAAAAAUUAUAUAUUUUCAAAAUUGAUACACUUUCACAUUGAUUCACGAAAUUGAAACAUUUUCAACAUUGAUUACUCAUUUUGUUAUGUACUUAUUGAAAUUUUGAAGUAAAUUAAAUUUGGCAAAGAAUGCGUAUUUUCUAUUUUGUGUUUUCUAUUUAGUGUUCUUUUAUCAAAAUUGUUAUUUUAAAAUUGUUAUUAUAAUUUUUAUUUGAUUUUAAUAAAUAGUAAAUAGUAAAUUGCAUUAACAUGAAUUUACAAUACAAAUUAAUAUAUUAAAACAUGCAUUUGAUGCAUGUUAAUUGUGUAUUAUCAUUAGAAAAUAAUAAACACAUACACACACACACACACA